UCGCUGCGUUCCUUUCGUACUUUUGUAGCUAAGAUAGCAAAAUGAUUAUUACUUAUAAUUUUACCUAGUUUAAUUUCCUAUUAAAUGUGUGCUUUAAACAUUAUAUAAAUAGUGAACGAUACAACGAAGUCAGUGUUAUGAGUACUUAGUCCAUUAUAACGAAAUUAAUGUUUCUGUGCUUGCAUUAUAGUGAUUAACUUUAUAAUGGAAAACCUGUAAAAGUGUUUACACCAUCCAAGGUUAUGAAGUUUGAAAGUUAUAUAAUGAAAAUAUUUUCCUCGGUUGAAUCAGUCAGUUGACAAUGAACAAGAUGUUUGCACCGAAUUCAUGUUUUCAUGUUUCUUCACUGGUUAAGCACCAUUGGAAGAGAUGUUAUCAAUGUAUGAAGUUGCUGUCAUCACAAGCGCAGGAAAAUCCUUCACAUACGGAGGGACCUUGGUCAGUGUACUCUCAGAGAGUGAAAAAUGGAGUUUUGAGUAAAGAUUCACAUCAGGAGGAAGUAGUGCAGCACUUACAGCAAGUGUAUGAACAUGUUGUUGCUUUCGAACGACCUGUACUUCACAGCUCGAGUGCAGGCUCUCUAUUUAGUUUCUUUAGAAGACCUCAGCCUCAAAAGAUAAUAGCUCCCAAAGGACUUUAUAUCUAUGGCAGUGUUGGAGGAGGAAAAACUAUGCUGAUGGACUUAUUUUAUGAUACAGUACCGAUUAAAGAAAAGUUGAGGGUGCACUUUAACUCCUUUAUGUUGAACAUCCAUGCUAGGAUACAUGAGUUGAAGAUUAAAUCUGGGAAAGGUGCAAGUUCAUUCCGUGACGAGGGGUCAAAGCCAUUUGAUCCAAUUCCACCUGUAGCUGCUGAUAUUACUCAGGAGUCUUGGCUCAUUUGCUUUGACGAGUUUCAAGUAACAGAUAUUGGGGAUGCUAUGAUAUUAAAGCGACUGUUCACACAACUUUUUGAUAAUGGUUGUGUUGUAAUAGCAACUAGUAAUAGAAAACCUGAUGAUUUGUACAAAAAUGGUCUUCAGAGGUCAAACUUUUUGCCAUUUAUACCCGUUCUAAAGUCUCAUUGUAAUUUAGUUCAAUUAGAUUCUGGUGUUGACUAUAGGUUACGGGGAACUGGCACUAAAUAUAGUAAAUACUUUCUAAACAGUGAGCUCACUCCUGAGAACAAUGCAGUAGACAAUUUGUUCAAAUUUUUAAUAUCCAAGGAGAAUGAUACAGUGAGACCUCGUGUAAUUAACAUUAUGGGUAGAAAUGUUAAGUUUGCUAAAUCUUGUGGACGAAUAUUGGACUCGACUUUUGAAGAGCUAUGUGACCGACCUUUAGGAGCUAGUGAUUACCUUGUGAUAUCUAAGACGUUCCACACUGUGUUCAUUAGAAACUUACCUCAACUAUCAGUAACAACGCUAAGAUCUCAACUAAGGAGGUUUAUUACGUUAAUAGACACAUUGUAUGACAACAGAGUUCGGGUGGUCAUUGCAGCGGAUUGUGAACCAAAAGACUUGUUUAAAGCAGAUGAAAAAACUGAGUUCGCAGAUGCCGAUAGAGCGCUAAUGGAUGAUUUGAGCAUAACGAAAGAUUCAGCUGAUGCCAACGCGGCGAUAUUCACAGGAGAAGAAGAAAUGUUCGCAUGCGACCGCAGUCUCUCGAGAAUAAUGGAAAUGCAAACAGAAGAGUACUGGGACAAAUGGGGCAAGCACCUUAAUUAAUUUUAAUGUUGAAUUUGCUAGAAAUUAUAGACUUUAUGUUCAUCAUAGAUGUUCAUGUAUUGUUUACAAGUGAGAUGUUGCCAAGGCAAUCGCCUAAAUAAGUGCCUAUACUAGAUAAUGUUUUACCUAAUAACUAAUAUACUACCUAAGGUACUUACUUAUACAAAAACAUCAGUAUUAUAACAUUCUCAUGUUAUGCAUAAUUUUUUCCAUGCUUAGUGAUGUUUUCACAUUGUGUUAAAUUAUUCUAUUUUUGUAAAGUUAUACUAUAUUUGUACAGUUAUGUUAAAACAUGUUUUAUUUUGUUAGUAAUUUAUUAUUUGAAAAUAAAAAUAAAAAUGAAUUGACAUUUUGA